AGAAUUGUGCUUAUUUCACAUGAAUAAUGUCACUGAUAAGGGAUUUCAUUCAUUACAGGGAACCAUUGAUCAAAAUUUGGAAGGGGCAAACAUUUGAAGCUUGUCCUUGGUGGCUGAUGUGCAUUCAAUUCAAUCCUAGUGUUUGACACUCUGAUAAAGGAGUGCGGCUGAUACUUUUCAGAAACAUUUUGUUGCUGUAGGUGGUAUCUUGAGCUGGGUGAUAUUGUGAUAUAAGACACCAUAUUGAUUUUGUCAUUGCAAUACUUGGAUAUAGCAAAAACGUUGUAUUUGCUUUGUCACAAAAGCUGCACCAGAAAAUUAAUGCAAUAUUGACCUCUCUAUUUUAAUUAUAGACUUAUGAAAAAAAAUUGGACAGUCAAAUAUAUGCACCAAUGUUACCUUUUUUGUAAAAUCAAGUUUUGAUCAGUAUCGCCCAGCUUUACUGGUACCUUAUCUCCAUCCCUUAUGACUGAACAGAGUCUACUUGCGCAGCUUUAAGUGAAACUUGGUUGUUUUCAAUUCAGUUUUUGUGUUUUGUUGCACCCACCCACCCACGCCCCCUCAUCUUAAUUUCAUCAUUACUUGCUAUUGUUCUGGCCUCAACGAGCCCUCCAUGUUUUCGAUGGCCUGUUUAACAUAAAUGCACGUCUCAGUUUCUGGAUAGGGCACUCCAGAGCUGCUAUUUAGUUUUCAAUUGUCUUGCAAAUAGAUUAGUGGACAUUGUACGAGCACCACUCAGUACAGCACUUAACAGUUUUCUUCCCCACUGAACAGUAGGCGUGGGAGAAGAUUUCCACAUGACACAAUUAAUCUUGCGUGCACCAGAGCCACCAAUGACUUGAGAAAUAUCUUUGGGGUACCAUUUGACGGAUUGGAAAUGCAGUUACAUGUGAAUGUGUGAUGGGGAAAUGGCUUACUUAUGGAAAGGAUAUAAAUGUCUUAAUUUGAAUAUUGUAAAAAAUAACUAUUUGAUUGUUAAAUAUCUUGUAAUCUAUUGAUGUCUUAUUCCGUUUCUUAUUUUAUUUAAAAUGAUUGUCAAUUUAAAGGUAAAGAUUUAACAAAGAACCUCAAUGUUUUAAUUGAAAGAGUCCUUUGCUGACUGCCUGCCCCUAUUGCUGGCCAUGGUGUCCCCCCUUUCCAAGAGUGUGGUUUGACCAUUCUGGGCCCCUGGGCAGACCAAAAAAGGGAGCCAUUGUGAAUGAAGACCGCUUUUCCCAUUAGGCCCAGGCCGGGUGGUGAGGAUGCCAUGGGGUUAGGAAGAGAUGUGGGUUCAGCUCUUAUAGGUGGAUAUGGUCGCUGGGGAAGAGACAGAUAUGGUCCACCUAUAAGGACAGAUUAUCGGCUCAUUGUUGAGAAUCUUUCCAGCCGCUGCAGCUGGCAGGACUUGAAGGACUACAUGAGGCAGGCAGGGGAGGUGACUUACGCCGACACCCACAAGGGCCGGAGGAAUGAGGGGGUGAUAGAGUUCAGGCUCUACUCUGACAUGAAGAGGGCUCUGGAGAAGCUCGACGGCACAGAAGUGAACGGUAGAAAGAUCCGGCUCAUCGAGGACCGCCCCGGGGCCAGACGCCGGCGCUCUUAUUCUCGCAGCCGCAGCCAUUCCAGGUCCCGCUCCAGGAGCCGCAGGUCUCGCAAGAGCCGUAGCCGCAGUGAGAGCAGCAGUCGCAGCCGCUCCCACUCUAGAGCGGCGUCCCGCUCCCGCAGCCGAUCUCGUAGCAAGAAGAACAAGGUCAAGAGCAAGAAGGAGGAAGAGGAGCGCAGCAACGGCGCCCCGAAGAAAGAGAAUCGCAGCAGGAGCCGCAGCCCCAAGAGCCGCAGCCCUAAGAGUCGCAGCCCCAAGAGCCGCUCCCCCAAGAGUCGCAGCCCCAAGAGCAAAAAGAGCAAGAAAGACGGGAAGAAGAAGAAGGACGACUCCAGGUCCAGAUCUCGCUCCAACUCCAGGUCUCGCUCUCGGUCAGGAAUCAAGGAUCGCUCCAGGAAAUCCGGCUCAAAGGGCCGCGAGCAGCUCAAGAGCGAAGACGAGGGAGGCGAGGCCGAGAUGGGCUCCCGCUCUCGUUCCCGCUCCCCCGCCGAAACGAAAUCCAGAGCCAGGUCUAAAUCGAAGUCCAAGUCUAAAUCCCGUACCCCCACGCCCGCCAAAGCGCGCUCCCACUCCCGAUCUGCCUCCCGUUCAGAGUCCCGCUCCAAAUCCCGCUCCCAGUCUCGUUCCCGCUCCCGUUCCCGCUCCUAGUUCACAUUUUGAACUGUUUGUCAUGAGCCCUUAUCCCAGUGUGUCCCCCUGCCCUCCAUUCACAUUCCCCCACCCCCCGACCCCGACCCCCCCACUACCCCUACCUCCUGUUUUUUGAUAAAUAGCUGUAGAAUACCAGGCACUCGUGCUCGAUGUCUUUUAUGCCCACGCUACUCCAUUUCAUUUGACUUUUACUCGACAUAUUUUUUCAUUAGAGCUGUCUCGUAUGGGGGUGUUUGUAAAAUAACAGGGUGCAGUCUCUCGGUUUUAUAAGUUUAAAUGAUGGUAUGGUAUGUGUCUUAGCCUUUUUUUAAUCAAAUGUAGAAGCAUACUGUUGUCAAAAUGCUGGGUGGGAAUAUGUCCUAGCAUCUCCUCACCUUUUGUAAAAUCCUUGUAUCAUUUUAUUUCAGAUUAAAACAAAUGCCUGUUCUACA